AAAACGUGUGUUAGCAGCGUUGACUUUAUUUUAUGAUAACUGCGUAAGCGUUGACUUGAGCAGUUGUUAACACGUUCACGGCAAAGUUCAUAUAUCUACCGCCUCGCCAUUUACCUCACACUUGCAAUCUCCGUUUUCUCUCUCUAAAACUCUUCCUUUUUUUCUCUCUCUCUAAAACUCUUCCUUUUUUUCUCUCUCUAAAACUCCAGAUUUAUUUGCGAGCAUACGAAGCAAUCGAUCUCGACAAUGGAUUACCGUAACCUGGAAAUCACUCUCCAGGAUGCAAAGGAUCUGAACAAAGUCAACCUCAUCUCCAAGAUGGAUGUAUACGUCGUCGUUUCGAUCUCCGGCGGGGAUAAGAAAUCGAAGCAGAAGACUAAGUCGCCGGUUGAUCACGACGGGGACGCCAAUCCGAAGUGGAAUUUCACGAUGAAUUUCAAAGUGGAUGAGUCGGGGCUGCAGGCGAACCGCCUCACUCUCGAUUUCAAGCUCGUGUGCGAACGCGCUUUGGGGGAUAAAGACGUCGGUGAAGUGAGCGUGCCGAUCAAAGAGCUUCUCGAUUCGCCGGCGAGGGCCGGCGGCGACGGCAAGCAUUUCGUGAGCUACCAGGUCAGGAAGCCCAACGGAAAGCCCAAAGGCCAGAUCGCCUUUUCCUAUCAGUUGAGCGAAAAAAUCGCCGGCGCCGCUUCGGAUCCGUACGGAUCGGUGGCUCCGGUUGGUAAGAUCGGAACCGAACCCGUAUCGUCGUACCCGGCUGGAUCCGGUUCUGCUUAUCCACCACCCGGAUCUUACCCACCUGGAUCCGGUUCUUAUUAUUCCGCACCUGGAUCGUACGCGCCGCCGACUGGAUACCCUUCAGCGGAGGGAACUGGGCAUUAUCCACCACCAGCUCCGUACAAAGCACCGAGGGCGCGGACAUAUCCACCGCCGGGUCAAGGCUAG